ACAACAGCACACUAAUACACUAUUCUUUCUCUUGCGCUCCCAGCUCCCGUAUUCAUUGCGUGAGCUCGAACUCUCGAAGGCCAACCUACCACCGCCGUCUUCAGCCACCGUCAUCGUACAACUCCGCCGCACUUCCGAGGUACUACCUAGUUUUGACCGGUUCAACGGCUACUAUAAUAAACUCCAUAACUAUAAUGAUCAAACAUGCGCUGCUUCAACAGUCAUUUUCCUCUCUCCAGCAAGUCUUUGCACACUCUUCCCCUUCCACCUCGAGGGGAAACUCAUUUGUGGUAUGUGAUUCCUGAUGAAGUAAAGUGCUCAUCACUCUUGAAGCAAUAUCUGGAAAUCCUUUCCCCUUGUGAGAAACAAAAUGUACUCAGCUUCUGCGAUAGUGAGCUCAGGAAGAAAGCCCUCUUAGCCCGUGCCCUGGUCCGCACUACUAUCGCUAGAUAUCAGACAAAUUCUUAUGUUGAUCCAAGAUCUUUGAAGUUUAAGAAAAACUCCUACGGAAAACCCGAGGUUGAUUGGCAGCAGGUACCUGAUGUGAGUUGGCCACCAUUGCAUUUCAAUUUAUCACACACAUCAUCAUUGAUUGCAUGUGGAAUUACGACAUAUUCUCCUAUUGGAAUCGACGUGGAAGAUAAGAAGAGGACAAUAAAGAAUGAUGUCAUGUCAUUUGCUCGCCGCUUCUUCUCUCCACAUGAAGUUGAGCAUUUGGCUAAUAUUUUAGAUCCGGAAAUACAACGUCAGGAAUUUAUUAAAUUAUGGACACUCAAGGAAGCAUAUGUAAAAGCAUUGGGAAGGGGUUUUUCAGCUGCUCCGUUUAAGACGUUCAGGAUUCAUUUCAAAGCUUCGUCAAAAAAUAUGUCAGGUGUUCCUGAAAUUGCUGAUCUUACGGAAUCUGAAAUUACUGUUGAAUCGUCUGAGUUUCCAUAUGGGCAAUGGCAGUUUGCGCUUCUUGACUUGGCUAAUACUCAUUAUGCUUCUAUUUGCACAGAGAAUUUUAACGAAGAAAAUCUUUCUCCAAUGGCUUUGAGAGUGUGGAAGACGAUACCUCUUCUGGAAGAUUUAUGCAUGUCUGGGACUCCUUCCAUUAUUACAAUUGGUGGGCUUGUCAAGCAGCUCAAGUGGAUUAAGUAGCGAUCAUUUCUGAUGAUAAUUAAACAGACGAUGAUCAUUGAUGAUAAGUUUUAUUGAACAGUCAACAGCAAACAGCGGUUUUGAUAGGAAUGAUAUAAUUUGUUCACCAACAUAGAGUUGGCUCAAGUGGUAAGCAGCUUGAUGUCGCUUAAGGGAGGUCUCGGGUUCGAGGCUCGCCGUAUGCAGAAACUUUUGUUGGGAGACUCACCCACCAUAAGCAAGGUGUGCGACACGGGUCGAAUCCGGAUGUAGUCGGAGCUAAGCUCCGGUGAACCGGGUGUGCUAUGCGUAAAAAAAAAAAGAUAUAAUUUGUUCAUUUUUACCUGUUUGACUCGGCUCCCACAUUAUGCCGAACUCCCCAAACAGCUGCAUAAAGUGUCAGUUGUGAUAUUGACUAUUGAGUUAAACGUAUAUGAAAUUGGCCCAUUUAUUUCAAAUGAAAUUUAAGAGGCCUCCCUACUCGGUUCUACUAGGUCCCCUAUAAUGUGUGUUACGUCUUAUGGUGUUGGUAUACGAUGAAUAUUUAAAGAGCUUAAUUAAUACUCUGGUGUGUUACUAACUUUAGGGUUCGGAUAUAUUCUCAAGAAACUUGUUUUC